AUCGGCAAUUUGACGUUUUUUUGAUUACAUCUUUCAAAAGUUCGUUGUCGAUUCCUUCUUGUUGAACCAAUUAAUAUUUUCAAUUUGUUGUGUCGUCACAUAACAAUUAUGUGGUUUAAUGGGAUCGCUGCAACGAGUGGGUAUUGAUAACGUGGACAAUUAAGUUGUAGUCGUCGUACUAUUACACACGUACUCAUAUCGUCUAGUUCAUACAUAAGUGUUUCUAUUUUUAAUUUCUUAUUGAAUCAUGGAAUUACAGUGUAAAGUACAAAAUUAUGAGUGGGGGAAGUUAGGACUGGACAGUACAGUGGCAAGAUUGCUGUCUACGGCCCACCCAGACAUUGUUAUUGAUCAAUCAAAGCCUUAUGCAGAACUGUGGAUGGGCACUCAUCCUAACGGACCAUCAGUCAUCAUUGGUAGAGAUGUCCUACUCUCUGAUUAUAUCAAAGACAAUGUAGAUGCUAUUGGAGCUGAUGUGAGAAAAAAGUUUGGUGUGUCCGUACCUUUUUUGUUCAAAAUACUGUCCAUAAGAAAAGCCUUGUCUGUACAGGCUCAUCCUAAAAAGGACCAUGCUGAAGAACUUCACAAGAACUUCCCGGAUAUGUACAAGGAUCCGAACCAUAAGCCGGAACUUGCCAUAGCACUGACACCGUUUGAGGCUCUCUGUGGCUUCAGGCCACUGAAUGAAAUCCAGUACUUCCUUAAAAAGUUACCAGAGCUUGCCAGUAUGUUAUCAAAGGAAAGUGUAGACAAUCUACUGGGGCAUCAGGAACAAGGAGACAGUCAGACAUUUCUGAAACCAGUGUUCCAUUCUCUGAUGACCAGUGACAAAACUGUGGUAGCUAGCACCUUGAACAAUUUGCUGGACAGAUUGAGCAAGGAAGAUGAAAGAACACAGACGAAUCUUCUCUACUCGUUGGUGAAACGACUACACACAGACUUCCCUGGUGACGUGGGUUGUUUCUCACCGUACUUCAUGAACUACAUGGUGCUGAGACCUGGACAAGCUAUCUUCCUCAAGCCUAACUUACCACACGCCUAUUUGAGUGGAGAUUGCAUCGAGUGUAUGGCAUGUUCAGACAACGUGGUGCGUGCAGGGUUGACUCCCAAACACAUCGACGUGCCAACCCUGGUCGACAUGUUGGACUACAGCAGCUACGCACAGGAACAGUUACUGUUCAACCCUCAGCUUGAAGAUGGGAACUCCUGUAUAUGGAGACCGCCUGUACCUGAUUUUGCUGUCGUCAAAAUAAGGGUGGAAAGCGGUGACAGCUACAACACUCAGAACCGGUCUAGCCCAAGCUUGAUCAUCGUGAUAUCAGGUGAGGGUGAGGUUUGCGACACUGAGCCCAUACCAGCCAAGCCUGGAGUGGUCAUCUUUCUGAAGGCCAGUCGCCAACUAACCCUCACUCCAGCAGAAGACAGUCAUCUUGAAGUCUACCAGGCAAUCUGCAAUGUAUGAUAGUUUUUAAGUCUAGUGUGAAUAUGUUUGUAAUCUUACUCAUACAUAUUGCUUUGAAAUUUGAAGACUGCGCAAGCUGUAAGCAAUAAAAAAGAAAAACCUUUUUUAAUAACGAAAAAUAUUUUUACUUAGAUGCAUCAAAAUAAAUUAUUUUAAACUUGAGGAUUAUUUAUGAUGAGAAGAUACAUUACAUAUAAGGAGUUUUAAAAGUAUAUGCCACAGCGAACCACUCUAUGCAGAAUAGAGUCAAUGUUUAUUUAACUUCUUUAUGUUCUCAAUUUGAAUUAAUUUGUCCAGGGUAGGAAAUUUCUUCACUAUUGUAAAAAACCAAUGGUAGAUAAUUUUAGAACACUUGUAUAUUUGGAUGGGAUGUCAGAAGUUGCCACAUCACAAGCUUUAUCAAGUUUAUUGUUGUUUUCCUAGAGAUUGUUUUUUUAAUUGUGUAAGUAAAGACUAAACAUAAUGAUUAAGUAAUAAUUUUCAUCACAAACAAUAAGAUUUCUAUGACAUAAUAUUUUAACAACAUUGACAUAUCGAAUAAUAUUUUUUUAUAUGUUAGAUACAUAGGCAUGACAUGUUACGAAUUAAUUUUACAUUUUACAGUAAUUUUAUUAUAAUCAUUUGUUUUUUUAAAUUAAGGCAUUAUCAGAUUGAUUUCUAUUAAAAAGUAUUAUUAUUGGAUAAUUAUAAGUUGUGUUUUUAAAAUGUAUUUUAUGAAAACAUCCAUUAUAUAAUUAGCGGAUUGUUAUUUUAUUUCUCUAUUUAUGUUCCUAUAUAAUUUGUUUUUUAUCAAUAAAUUGUUGUUUGAUAAUAAA